AUGGUGAUCGCAUCAAAGCAUACAACUUAUGACAGCACCAAGAGAAUAGCUCAUCAGCUAACCCUCACAGAGAUCCAAGGAGCAGUAGUGGUCUCAAAGGCUGAGUCUCCCAAAUCUGGAACAAACAAGCGCCAGUUUAAUGGGAAGUAUCCCAGAAAAUCAUCUAAGAAAAGACAAGAAGUGGCAACCAAUUAUGCUGCCACAGUGGUAGAAACCCUUCAACCAAAGUCUGCAUGGUGCAACCAGUGCAACCGUCAUCACCCAGGUGACUGUUAUGUUUGCACGAAGUGCAAGAAAAAGGGGCAUACUGCUAGUUAUUGCAGGAGCACAACAGUCAAUCAGAUAACAAAUACUGGAACAUGCCAUGGUGAAGGAAGAAAGUGUUAUGAGUGUGGAGAGGUUGGACACAUCAAGAGAGAAUGUCCAAAGUUAAGGAGUCAAGGAAGUACUAGGCGUGGCAGGGCAUUUGUGAUCGGAGGUAGAGAAGCUGUCCAGGACCCUUCAGUCGUAUCUGGUACGUUCCUUAUAGAUAAUUUAUAUGCUAUGAUACUCUUCGACUUUGGAGCAGAUAGAAGUUUUAUAACUCUGGUGUUUAGAAAAUUUUUAAGUCAUGAGUCUAGCAAAUUAAAAGAAAUCUAUGAAGUAGAAAUAGCUAACGGUCAAACCGAGAAAACACAUGAAAUCCUUGAAAACUGUCUAUUAACUCUUAAUAACUACCUUUUUCACGUCAACCUCAUGCCAAUGCCUAUCGGUAGUUUUGACGUCAUAAUUGGCAUGGAUUGGUUAUCUUCACACCGCGCUGAAAUUCUAUGUUAUGAGAAAGCCAUACGACUACCCUUACCAAAUAGUGAAGCCCUGAUUAUCUAUGGUGAUAAGUCUGGGAAAAACCUCAAAGUCAUCUCUUGUACCAAGCCCCAGAAAUAUCUACAUUAG